GGCCGCAGCCGGCUCGGACAUUCCUUUGUGCCGCUGCCCUGGAAACGCAUGUCUGCAGGCACGUACCCCGGCGAUUUUGAGGCGAUUCCCCCCUGUGUGCUCAAGGAUAGAGUUACCUCUGUGGAGGAAAGCAGACAUGAUACACUGACAGCAUUUGGAAAUAAACUUUGGCAGUAAGAUGGAAGCAUAAAUCUCAAGAUUCUAGACCAAAACAGAAAUGGCUCAUGAGUAUUGAAAGAAGAGACUGAAGAGCCUCCAACACUUGAGUGAGCAGUGGAAAAGGAGCAACUACCAUGGUAACACUAAUAACAGAAAAGCUGCAGAACCAGAGCUUGGAUGAUCUGACCUGUAAAACAUACAAUAUUAAUCUGUACUCAUCUGAGAAGCUGAACAAAAGUGGCAGCUUGUUCCCUUUCGAAAUCAAUGAAGACAGUCCUUGGAAAGCUUUGAAUGGGGGUUACCCAGCGCAGCCUGAGAGCAGCAGGAGCUCAGCGUGCCCCUUCGCGGUGUGCCCGUUCAGCGCCGCGGGCCAUGGCAGCCUGCCGUGGCAGCAGGAGGCGUCGAGCGCGUCCAUGGUGUCGGGCUGGAUCAGCGAGCUGAACCUCAACGAGAACGCGGGCCAGCCGCUGGCGCCGCCCACCAAGCGCCACUGCCGCUCGCUGUCGGAGCCCGACGAGCUGGCGCGCUGCCGCUCCCCCUGGAAGCCCGGCGGCUCCAAGGUGUGGACUCCUGUGUCCAAGAGACGCUGUAACAGCGGCGGCAGCGCUACCCUGCAGCGCUGCAACAGCCACGGAAGCGCCACCUUGCAGAGAAGCACAAGCAUCAGCCUGCCGCAGAACAUCCUGUCCCUGAGCAACGUCUUCACCGUCACCAGCUUCAACACCUCUCCAGUACCCAGACCUUCCUCUGCCAGCAGCGGGUUUGUGGACAGCAGCGAGGGCAGCACGAGCUCCAGCACCCGCUGGAAUUCCGGAGGCCCUUGUGACUUUAACCCGAGGCGCCGCCUGUCCCUCUCGCAGGAGCACAUCACCGAGACGGGGAACCUCUUGCCUUCAGCCAGCAGCACUCCCACCUCCACGCCCGAGCUCAGCCGGCGGCAGGGCCUGCUCAGGUGCCGCUCGCAGCCCUGCGUGCUGAACGAGAAGAAAAGCCGGCUGAAGCGCAGACGGGAGGAGGAUGUACGAUGGAACAGGCCAUCCUUAGACUUUUUUAAAAUGACACGGACUUUAAAAAAUUCCAAAAGUCUUUGCUCCCUUGACUAUGAAGAUGACGACGAUGACACGCAAAUGAAGACGAUCGUGUCCUCGCCCUGUGACUCCAGCGACCUGGUGAGCGCGGUGACGCCCGGCUGCAGCCCGGCGCAGGAGCGGCGCCGCGGGCCGUGCCAGGGCGGGCCGUGCCAGGGCGGCUGCCAGGGCGGGCAGUGCCCGGGCCAGAGCGACGAGGACACGAGCGACUGCGAGAGCCACGAGGAGGGCAUCUUCCCCCUGGACUGCGGGGACUUGGACCUGGAGCAGAUCGAGAACAACUGAGACUCCUGCAAGCCGGGUGCUGGAAUCAGCAUUGUUCUAAAUUAAAGCGAUAGAGGAUUACCUUUGCCAUGCAUAAUCCAUGUCCCUGAAUCUCUGUAUUGCCUAUCUUUGGGGCUGUGUUAGAAGAAAUGUUUCAGGUGGGGGAAAAACGUGAACCAUUGUUACCUGUUUAGUCUCUAUUGGUCAAUAUGUGGAUGACAACAACAACAACAAAAAAUGUAGGAGGUUAAAUGUUAUUUUGAACAUUAAGGAAUAAUUUUGAUUAAAAAUUUCCUAACAAAUAUUUUGCAUUUUUAUGGCUUUUACAGUUCUGGAGAAAAAGCAUCUCUAUUUUGAAACGAAUUUUCAGAAGGGCAUUCUAUAAAACUAAAUCUGUCUACAGUGAUUCUGGUGCGGGUCUAUGUUGCUUUUGUUAAAGAGCUUAAUGUGAAAAGUGAAUUGCGUAAUGAAAUUGGUAAUAAACCGUCAGAUAGAACUCUUAAAUAUCUGGUUGACAACUGGUCCAAAAUAUUUAACUGCCAUCUUUGACAGCGCCUGGUUAAAAAACAACUUCAUAACAUGUACAAAUGUUCUUUUCAUACAUUCAGGACUUUUUUGAUCAAAAUAUGGUAGUGACCUUAAAGGUUAACAUUUUUCAUUAUUUUACUACUUGAAUUGUUUUCUAGCCUGAAGCAAUGCUAAUUUAGGUGGGCCAAAACUGCAAGUAGCUGCCCACCUACUUGGUCAUUAUGUUUUCUGUGUUUCAAAAGAAUGUACAACAAGAGCACUUGAACUUUUAGACAGGGACUUCGUAAUGAUCAAUUCCCCAGGAGGUGAUCCCUUCAGCAAUACUAGAAGGAAAAUAGUCCUUGAAUUAAAUAAAAUGACAUUUUGCUUUGCA